AAAAAACAAACACAGGUUUGGAUAAAAUACUAAAAUAGUCAUUAAGAAAAUCUGCAUUGUUUAAAGCAUUGGCAAUUUGGCAUGAUACAUGCAGAUCCUCACGCGGUUAAGAUGGAGAAUUGUCAAUUAAUGCACCUCAUGAACGACGUCGUUAGAGCUAUUAACUACCCACCAAUCAAACACCAGAAGGGUCAUUUUCACAUUGUAAUAAAAUACUACAAUAAACUCUAGUUUCAAAAUAAUGUUUAUUUACUAGAUUUUUUUAAUUCAGCUUUGAUUACUUCAAUAUUUGCUUGCACGUCCUUUAUAAACUACACUAUUUAUUACACCACUUGUUUGAUUUCAAUUCGGACCCAUCUUAAUCUCUCUCUCUCUGUCUCAACACACACACGCACAUAAAUAUCAUUGGUAUCAUCAUCACAGGUAAAUCAGCUUAAACGGCCAUGACCAAUAGAUUCAGCAGCCACCAAUUUGUAGGCCACCGCGAAGAUUCCGAGUACUCGCCGGCAACCAGCGCCGGAGACUCGCCGUGCUCCGCCGUGUCGGCGGAGGCCAGGAUUGCCUCUACCUCAUCUUCCAAAAGAAGUAAGCGCGCGAUACACAAGAGAGUGGUGUCAGUGCCGAUCGCAGGCGUUGAGGGACUAAGGCUCAAAGGCGAUCCGAUGAGCGCUCCACCGUCCGAUUCUUGGGCCUGGCGCAAAUACGGCCAAAAGCCCAUUAAAGGCUCCCCAUAUCCCAGAGGAUAUUAUAGGUGUAGCAGCUCGAAAGGAUGUCCGGCUAGAAAGCAAGUUGAAAGAAGUAAAUUGGACUCUAAGAUGCUUGUGGUCACAUACUAUUGCGAGCACAACCAUCCUUGGCCGGCGUCUCGAAGCAACCACCGCACAGCCGCCGCCGGAAAUGUCGGAACUCCGGUUUCCGAUGAGGCUGGGGAGGAAGAAGAGGAGGAGGAUGAAGAAGAAACAAAACCUGCAAUUAAUUUAUCAAAUAACGAACAAAUUCAAUCUCCCCAUGAAAUUAAUGUCAAUCUCGGCGACGCGCCGCUAAUUGACGGCAGUGAAUUUGGGUGGCUGAGUGAUUUUGACUGCACGAGUUUUUGGCCGGUGUUGGAAAGUCCAAUUUUGACCGACGAGGUCGAGAUUUUCGCAAUGCGGGAAGAGGACGAGCCGCUAUUUGCCGAUCUAGGCGAGCUGCCGGAGUGCUCGGCGGUUUUCGGCCGUGGGAUGGAGGGCCGACGGCGGCGGCCGGCGGGUCUGGCCACCAACGGCUGAGAUUCUUCCUUGGUUUGUUUGGCCUUUUCGAUACGAAACGGAUGCUUCGGUGAAUUUUCAGUUCACCUACCUAUAAGGAAUUUUUAAUCUUUGGAUCAAAAGAUUCAAAUCUCACUUUUAUAGAUUUAUGUGAGAAUUGGGAAUAUAUUGAUCCAGCGAAUAAAAAUUUUUGAUUGUCGUGCUGUCAUAAGAUAACAAUUUUUUUUUUUCUUUCAUUUUCGUUUGUUUAAAUAAAAAGAAAGUUUUUUUUCUUUAUUUUAAGUUGUAAUUUGAGUUGAUUUUUCAGAAGUGUAGUGGUUAGGGAAUAAAAUAUUGAAAAAAAUUGAUGAUUGGAGGGUUUGAUGUCACAAUUUUCUUUGUAACUAAGCGCGUUUGUCCUUUAUUUCUCGUUGAUUCCUUAUCCUAUUUGUAAUUUUUUAUUAGUCCAGCCUGAUAUUUUAUUCCAGGGAUAGAAAAUAUAUUAUUGGUUUAUCAAUAACCGUUGAUUUGUUUUAAUUUUUACUUUAAAAGAAUAUUU